AUGGCGGAAGCAGACCUAAAAGAUGGAACUGUCACAGCAGGAUCUCUUAAGUCUGAGGGAACACAAGAGAACAGAACAAAUGAGCCAAAAUUAAUGGAUUCCCUUCCCGGGAAUUUUGAAUUAACAACCUCCACCGGCUUUCUUACAGACCUGACCUUAGAUGACAUCCUUUUUUCUGACAUCGACACGUCCAUGUAUGAUUUUGACCCUUGCACAUCAAAUGCUGGAGCAGCCUCUAAGAUGGCACCAGAUGAACUCCUCAAAACAUUGUCUCCUUAUAGCAGCCAACCGGUAACCCCAAAUCAGCCUUUUAAGAUGGACCUUACAGAACUAGACCAUAUUAUGGAGGUUUUGGUUGGAUCCUAA